GAUGGAAGAGAAUGGAUGGACCUCUUUCUGUAAGACCUGGCUUGGGGUGGGGUGUGGGUGGAGGUAGUGGGGUUGACAGAAUCUUAAUUAGAGCCAGGAGGAAUCUCAAAUUCUUCACAGAUCAUUCUGAGGUCAAGAAGUGACAUGACUGGGGUGAAAUAGUACAGUUAGCGUCAGUGUUGGGGUUUUGUAUUGUUUUCUUUCCAGACCCCAGGUGCGUAUACAGUGAAGACUCUAAAUGUUGACUGUGUGAAAGGGCUCAGGGAAGGAAGGCCAAAUAUCUAUGGAAAAAGGCUGGGUUGGGACCUCCAACCCCACACUGUAGCCUAACUGUAGGGGAAGCCAUGCUGUGGCCGUGACAACUGAAGACGUCCGGUCCCAAACUCUGGAAAGAAUGAGGGAGGGGGCUAAUGCUUGCCCAGGCCUCCGUGGGGAGGAGGGCCGGGCGGUAGGCAUUGGGGUGGGUGGAACCCAGCGUCCAGCUAGGCGGAAGGGCGGAGCUUCAGGUCUCCAUGGAGGCGGCCUCUCCUAGCAACUCGACGGGCGUUGAGCAGAGCCGCUGGCCUGAUGGAUGCCGACAGCCUCCUGCUGUCUCUGGAGCUGGCGUCCGGCAGUGGGCAGGGCCUCAGCCCGGACCGUCGGGCCUCGCUGCUCACGUCUCUUACGCUGGUUAAGCGCGACUACCGCUAUGAUCGGGUUCUCUUCUGGGGCCGCAUCCUUGGCCUCGUUGCCGAUUACUACAUCGCGCAGGGCCUGAGUGAGGACCAGCUCGCACCGCGAAAGACGCUCUAUAGCCUGAACUGCACAGAGUGGAGCCUCUUGCCCCCUGCCACAGAGGAGAUGGUGGUGCAGUCGUCUGUGGUGAAGGGCCGCUUCAUGGGGGACCCAUCAUACGAAUAUGAACACACUGAGCUGCAGAAGGUGAAUGAAGGUGAAAAGGUCUUUGAAGAAGAAAUAGUGGUCCAGAUCAAGGAAGAGACCCGCUUGGUGUCUGUCAUUGACCAGAUUGACAAGGCUGUGGCCAUCAUCCCCCGAGGCGCCCUCUUCAAGACCCCUUUUGGACCCACCCAUGUCAAUCGGACCUUUGAAGGACUGUCCUUGUCUGAAGCCAAGAAGCUCAGCUCCUACUUCCAUUUCAGGGAGCCUGUUGAGCUAAAGAAUAAGACCUUGCUUGAGAAGGCUGACCUGGACCCCUCCCUGGAUUUCAUGGACUCCUUGGAGCAUGACAUUCCCAAAGGGUCUGAGGCAGUUGUUGAGGGUGACUUCAUGUGGCUUCUGAGCAGGUGUGGUUUUGGUUGGCCCUGUUCCUGGGACUCCUUCUCUGUGUCCAUGAGGGUCCUGGAGUAUCCAGAUGGAGAGGGGCAAUGCCCUGGUGGUGCUGCGCAGCCUGCUCUGGCCGGGACUCACCUUCUACCAUGCUCCCCGCACCAAGAACUACGGCUACAUCUACGUGGGCACUGGUGAGAAGAACAUGGACUUGCCCUUCAUGCUAUAGAAUGGGAGCCAGCCUGGAUUUUUUUAAACAGAGUCUAAACAUGAUUUUCUUAAGCUUCA